UAGCGCGGUGGCCGGCACCGCGGCAAAGACAUGGCCCGGCGGCGGCGCCGCGCCUGCAUCGCCCUCUUCCUGGUGCUGCUCUUCGCCUUCGGCACGCUCAUGGGGCUGCGCACGCUCAAGGCCCCGGACGGGCUGCCCGCGCUGGGCCCGGGCCCGGAGCUAGCGCCCUUCGAGCGGCGUCCGGAGGGGAAUCCCGCGCCCGCCCGCGCCCCGGCCGCCCCCGCCGCUCCGCCGCCCCCGCCGCCCCCGCCGCGCUCCGCCGCUCCCCGAGCCUCGCUGGGCCCCGCCGAGGCCGAUCCCGCGCCCCGGCAGAGCCUGCGCGUUUACUCCGAUCUGCACGCCUUCUAUUACUCGUGGUACGGGAGUCCGCGGCGCGAGGGCCACUACAUUCACUGGGACCAUGUCAUGGUGCCGCACUGGGACCCCAAGAUCUCGGCCAGCUACCCGCGUGGCCGCCACAGCCCUCCAGACGACUUGGGCUCCAGCUUCUACCCAGAGUUGGGGCCCUACAGCUCACGGGACCCCGAUGUGCUCCGAGAGCACAUGACCCAGCUCAAAGAAGCCGCCAUCGGAGUCUUGGUUCUUUCCUGGUAUCCACCUGGCAUGGCUGAUGAUAACGGGGAGCCCUCAGAUGAUCUGGUACCUGCCAUUCUGGACACUGCCCAUCAGUACAACAUCCAGGUGGCCUUCCAUAUCCAACCCUACAAGGGCCGGGACGACGUCACUGUUCAUGACAACAUCAAGUACAUCAUUGACACGUAUGGCUCCCAUGGUGCAUUUUACCGUUACAAGACCAGCAUGGGCAAGAGCCUCCCACUCUUUUAUAUCUACGACUCCUACCUGACAUCCCCUGAGGCCUGGGCCCACCUCCUGACACAAAACGGGCCCCACUCGAUCCGCAACACCCCCUAUGAUGGGGUCUUUAUAGCGCUGCUGGUGGAGGAGGGCCACACCCAUGACAUCCUUGCCGCGGGAUUUGAUGGGAUGUACACUUACUUUGCCUCCAAUGGCUUCUCCUUCGGCUCCUCCCAUCAGAACUGGAAGGCUGUGAAGAACUUCUGUGAUACCAACAACCUGAUGUUCAUUCCUAGCGUGGGGCCUGGGUACAUCGACACCAGCAUCCGGCCCUGGAACAACCACAAUACUCGCAAUAGGGUCAAUGGCAAGUACUACGAGACAGCCCUGCAGGCGGCCCUGACUGUGAGGCCCGAGAUUGUCUCCAUCACCUCUUUCAAUGAGUGGCACGAGGGUACACAGAUCGAGAAGGCUGUUCCCAAGAAGACGCCAACUCGUCUGUAUCUGGACUACCUGCCCCACCAGCCCAGCCUGUACCUGGAGCUGACCCGCCGCUGGGCAGAGCACUUCAUCAAGGAAAAGGAGCAGUGGCUGAUGUGAGGGGCUACUACUCAAACCUCAUUAGGUCACCAAGCUGGUUCAGAUGAGGAAUAGGCACAUGCUAGUGGGUAUAGCAUGUAGCCAGUGGGUGCUUGUGGAUGGGCCAGCUAGCUCAUGUACAACAAAGCCCGGCCCUUGGACUGGUGGUGCUGGGGCGAAGGGAAGCAAGGCUUGAUGAAGGAGGCUGGCAGGAAGCGGCACAUGGCUCAGGGCAGCUCCACGUCAUUUAGCUUUCUUUCGGCUGUGGCAGGUUGUAGUGUAGUUGCCAGCCACUGUGCUUAAAAGGGUCUCAGGGUUCUGAGCUAGCAUGCCCCUGCUUCCUUUGGACAGCCUACAUCUCCUCAGGCACCUUUCUUUUUCUGCUGAAUACAGGGAACGGUAUUUGACUUCAGAAGGGGACUUUAAGGUCUUUCCAGUCCAUUUCUGUGACCCUUUACCAGGAAACACUGAGCACCCACUCAUUACUAAGCAUCUUAUGGUCAGGUGCUGGGAAAUUUGGUCAGCGUUCCCUUCUGGAGCUUCCAGGAGCUCACUUUUGGUGUAGCUACGCAGCUAGCACCCUGGCUGUUUUGCUCUUUGUAGCUACACCCAGGCCUGGAAGUUCAACUAUUUUCCUCCAAGAAAAUAGCUCUGCUUCAGAGCCUCUCCUGAUGAACAUAGAGCCGCAGAGGACUAGGUCCCUCCCUCCCUCUGGCUAUCUAGGCUGGGGAGGCCACACAUUAAGGCCACUCAGUGCUACUACAAUUUGUAUUAAACAUGAAGUAGUGUUUGCCAGUCCACGUUCCUCUUGCUGCCCUCUAGGUCAGACUGUGACAAAUUAGUGUAUGUCUGGGCUGGCUAGUUUUAGCACAAUGGAGAUGGGCUUGCUUAAAUGACUAGUUCAUAUGAUUUCUAGAAGGAAGUUAGCAAGCCAGUACUUAUUUAUAAACAAACUAAUGUUAAUUGCAAGGAUCCUUGUUAAAGUACAUGCAAUGGAAUAUUUUUCAGCAAGGUUCUCAAAUACACUUGAGGUGUUCACUGGAAACUACUGUACUGGUUUAGAGGCUAAGGCUGAGCCAUGACUCUGGGAAGAGGAAGCAGCAGAGGAGAUGAAGUGGAAUACAGGUCAUUUCGAGGACAACCAGUCCAUUUACUGAGAGAUGAGCAGGGCUGGUCACCUGGACUGUAGCUUAGUUGAGAGGGCUGGAUUUUUACCAGUGCUAAUUUCAUUUCAUACAUACACAGCUUGGACACAGUAAGGCAAGCAGGAAGGGGCUGGCAUCUUCAAU